GCUGAGAUGCAGUUCUCGCGAGACUUUGAAACAAGUAUCCAGACGCCCUCUGCCUUUCGCUCGCAGAGAUACCUCCUCCUCCUCGCCUGCCCUCCCUUCCCACGCCCCAGUGCGCUGUGGGAUAGUGGCACUAUAAAGUAUAUCCUCUCUCGGAGAAAGAUAAGAACCCCGAGACAGGAGGGGGAUGAAGAUGGCGGACGCCAAGCAGAAGAGGAAUGAGCAGUUAAAGCGAUGGUUAGGCUCGGAGACGGAUUUGGAGCCUCCUGUUCUGAAAAAGAAGAAGACGAAGGUGAAGUUCGAUGAUGGCGCCGUGUUUCUGGCCGCCUGCUCAAGCGGCGAUACCGAGGAGGUGCUCCGUCUGCUGGACCGGGGCGCUGACAUCAACUACGCCAAUGUAGACGGCCUCACAGCUCUCCACCAGGCUUGUAUAGACGACAAUGUGGACAUGGUGACCUUCCUGGUGGAGCAUGGAGCCAAUAUCAACCAGCCUGACAACGAGGGCUGGAUCCCUCUCCAUGCUGCGGCCUCCUGCGGGUACAUGGACAUCGCAGAAUAUUUAAUCAGCCAAGGUGCCAAUGUAGGAGUUGUGAACAGUGAAGGAGAGACGCCUCUUGAUAUCGCUGAAGAAGAAGCAAUGGAGGAGCUCCUUCAGAACGAGAUCAACCGACAAGGAGUGGACAUUGAAGCUGCUCGAAAAGAAGAGGAGCGGGUCAUGCUGCGAGACGCCCGACAGUGGCUCAACAGUGGCCAGAUCCAAGAUGUCCGACAUGCAAAGUCCGGAGGAACGGCUCUUCAUGUCGCAGCUGCUAAAGGAUAUGUAGAGGUUUUAAAACUUUUAAUUCAAGCAGGUUAUGAUGUAAAUAUAAAGGACUAUGACGGCUGGUCUCCUCUACAUGCAGCAGCUCACUGGGGUAAAGAGGAGGCCUGUCGGAUACUGGUGGAAAACUUGUGUGACAUGGACCUCAUUAACAAAAUGGGUCAAACAGCUUUUGAUGUAGCAGAUGAGGAUGUCCUGGGAUACUUAGAAGAACUACAAAAGAAACAAAACCUAUUGAUGAAUGAGAAGAAAGAUGCUAAAAAGUCUCCUUUGAUUGAAACGAGUACCACUGGAGACAACAACCAAUCACUACAACCACUGAAGAGCAAAGAAACCCUGCUGCUUGAGCCCGAGAAGACUCCCCCACGAAUCGACACCUUAGAACCAGAGAAGGUGGAUGAAGAGGACGAGGGGAAGAAGGAUGAGUCCAGCUGCUCCAGUGAAGAAGAGGACGAGGAAGAUUCUGAGUCCGAAGCAGAAGCAGAAAAGGGCAAACCUUCAGCCGUGGUUAGCAACACCACAGCCACUACCCAAUCCACAGUUACAGUUUCAUCUCCUACAAGUCCAACCAACCAGGUGACCACGCCCACUUCACCCGUUAAAAAGGUUGUUCAGCCUGCUGGAAAAGUCUCUCCUAAAGUGGAGGAGGAGAGGAAAGACGAAUCUCCUGCAUCAUGGCGCCUGGGUUUGAGGAAGACCGGCAGCUACGGGGCCUUGGCGGAGAUCACAGCUACGAAAGAAGCCCAAAGAGAGAAGGACACUACAGGGGUGAUGCGCUCUGCCUCAAGUCCUCGUCUGUCCUCUUCUCUUGACAAUAAAGAUAAAGAGAAGGAGAAAGAUAAAGGAGCACGACUUGCAUAUGUGGCUCCCACUAUUCCCAGGAGACUGGCCAGUACUUCAGAUAUAGAUGAGAAGGAAAACAGGGACUCUAGUACAAACCUAAUACGCAGUGGCUCCUACACUCGGAGACGCUGGGAUGAUGACCUGAAGAACAAUGAAGGAAGCACCUCCACCAACCGAACCUCCAGCUACCAGCGCAGCACGUCUCAUACGCUAGCGCUAGGGCGCAGCGGCAGCACGCGGGACGUGCCGGCCAAGUCUUCGUCCACCUCCAGCUUGGACCCUAACACCUGUAGCACUAAACCCUGGCAGCCUCCCUCCUCUUACUACCAGUCUUACAGCAUUUACCGCAGUGGCUCUUUUGGAAGGAGACAGGAGGACUUGAGCUCCACGACCACUUCGUCGUCCACUACAACCACCACCACCUCAUCUGUUACCUCACCCACAGGCCACCGAGGCCUGCUCUCUAGUCUGGGCUCGUCCUCAACCCGCACUGGCUCCACCAGUCUCACCAGCAGGUACUGGUCAGAGGACAGUGCAGAGAGGGAAAAGGAGAAGGAGUCUGCUGCGGUUAUUCCAACUAUAAACACUGGCUCUACUACAACAGUCACGUCGACCACUACCACAAGCAACAUACCUACCACUACCACCAAUACCACUGGCACCGGGACUGGGCCAGAGCGACGAAGGUCUUAUCUAACACCAGUGCGAGAUGAAGAAUCAGAAUCCCAGAGAAAAGCUCGCUCCAGGCAAGCCCGACAGUCCAGAAGGUCUACACAGGGUGUAACUUUGACUGAUCUACAAGAAGCUGAAAAAACAAUAGGCAGAAAUCGUCCCUCAACAAAAACUCGGGAAGAGGAGAAGGAGGAAAAGGAAAAACAGGACAAAGAAAAGCAGGAGGAGAAGAAGGAGACUGAGACCAAGGAGGAGGACUACAGGUCCAAGUAUCGCAGCUUUGACGAACGAUACCGAACUCCCUCCUCAACUUCGACCUCCAGCCUCUCUACAGUCAGCACCACCUCCUCAUCGUCCUACUCCAGCUCUCUCAACAGACCCAACAGUCUGACGGGGAUCACCUCCUCCUACAGCCGCUCCUACAGAGACGCAGAGAAAGAAAUUGAGAAGAAGGAGGAGGAAAAAGACGGAGAGGACAAGUCUCAACCACGCUCCAUACGGGAUCGCAGGCGGCCCCGUGAGAAGCGACGAUCCACUGGUGUCUCAUUUUGGACCCAAGAUGGUGAUGAAAACGAGCCAGAGCAGCAGUCCGAUUCAGAGGAGGGCAGCACCAAAGGGGACUCGCAGAGUGAAAGGUUAUCGAGCUCUUCAUCUUUAGACCGUAAUGAUGCUCUUUUUAGCCGUAGCUAUGAGAGUAGAAGACCAUACUCUAGCCGGCAUGAUAAAGAUGACACCACGGACUAUAAAAAGCUCUAUGAGCAGAUCUUAGCUGAGAACGAAAAGUUAAAAGCCCAGUUACGGGACACAGACUUGGAGUUGACAGAUUUGAAACUACAACUUGAGAAGGCCACACAGAGGCAAGAACGAUAUGCUGACCGGUCGCAGCUGGAGAUUGAGAAAAGGGAAAGAAGAGCUCUAGAAAGGAAGAUAUCUGAAAUGGAGGAGGAACUUAAGAUGCUCCCAGACUUGAAAGCAGACAACCAGAGACUAAAGGACGAAAACGGAGCACUCAUUCGAGUCAUUAGCAAGCUUUCCAAGUAGAGCAGGACCCCCACCCCAAUUUCUGCACCCCUAGUCCCCCUGGCAGUGACUAAUGGAAUUGCACAUUUAGAAAUUAAUUGCAACAGACAUCAGAGACAAGACUCCUUUUUUCAUAUACUCUUCACUACUCUUUAGCUCCCUUUGCUCAAAGCUGCAGUGCCCAUUCUUCGUUCAUCCUCUGCUCCAAAUCUGGCUACAUAAUACCCACGGUCCCAAACCAACCACUGAGUUUACAAAGGAAAAUGGUUGUAUGAUGAGCAUGUCAAAGCAUUGUGGGCGGGGAAGCCGAAAAACUAUUUAACCAAUAAGCCUUAUUUGUAGAUUUAAAAAGAAACACUUGCAUCGACCUCUCGGCUCUCACUGAAGAACAGAUAUUAUUCGACACCUGAUUUUAUUUGUGCCACAAUCUCUUAUUUGUAUGUUUUUGUUUCCUUUUUUUGUAAGCCUUGUUUGCUGUGCAGUUUCCCCCGUGUCUCCCUGUUUGCCCUCUAAGUGCCACCUCCGGCCUUUUGUCCGCUCCUGUGGCCAGUACAGGAAGCCCCUGUCUCACGCAAACGCACCCUGUCCUGCUUUUGUCUUCCUCCAAGAGGGACAACUGUCAUUCUUGCUUUAGCAAUUUGAGGCAAAACUGGUGGAAUUUAAGCUUUCAUUGUAUGUGCAAUAUGCAUUUUUUUUAAUGCUUUAAUGACUCCGUCACAGGUAGAUUUUCACUCUUCCACCACACUCAUGGCCCACUCUGCUCCCCUCUUUUUAAGUUUGUAGUGUAGUCAGUUAUACUCUUUUCACUUGUUUUAGCAGGUACUGAGUGAUGCUGUAUAUACCUGUAUGUGUUUGUUUGAGAUCAGCACAUGGCAUGCAUUUAGCUUUCCCGUCUGUUACUAUUAAACGUAUACAAAUUCCAGAGAUCAAGAGGUGUGUUUUAAUUAUUUUAUUUAGAGACAAACAGAUGAGCCUCUCUUUAAGAGAAGGCAGUAAUGUUUAGUGCUUUCCGGUUUAGGCAACUGUACACAAAAUAGUGAGAUAAGCGCUUUUCUACAUUUCACUUUCUGUCUUGGAAGAAGGCUUUUUGUUUUCGUUCCAUUUUAAAGCUGUAGUAUUAUAGCCAAGAUGUUGCUAACCCAGUCUUUUUACAAUGUCUUCAUGCACUGUCAAUGCCAUGUGAGGAGUCCUGAUGUCAGGAUUGAGCUGAUGCCACCAAUAUUCCACACAUGUAAAUCAUUGUAUGCAUUUCAGUGGCCUUUUUAAGGAUAUUUUAGUAAAAGAAGAGAAAAGUCACUGGGGAUGGAUGACCAUCUACUUUGGUUUAGACUUGUUUUUGUUUUUUCAUCAUCUUGUAAAAUAGGUGUGUGGCUUAUAACAUGCAAGCUGUGCUGUGACUACCAACCACUGAAGAGUUCAUUAAAAUAAAGUUGUACAUUGUAAAAAUUUAA